AUGGCAUCCGAUUUCUCCAUUUCUAAUAGGGGAAGUCUCCGGGAGGCCGCCAUGGAUUCCGGCGAUCAGCUCAGAGUAGCUUUAAUUCCAGCCUUGGCUCCAGGCCACAUGAUCCCUCUCAUGGACAUUGCCAGAAUAUUCGCCCGACACGGCGCAGACGUCACCUUCAUCACCACCACCGGUAACGCUCCCCGCUUCCGGCGAGACGUCGAUGGCGAUUCCAGCGCCGGCUACAAAAUCAAGCUCCACGCUCUCCAGCUGCCGUCCGAUGAAGUCGGCCUCCCUCCUGGCAUCGAGAGCUUCAGUGAGACGACGUCGAUGGAGAUGGCCGGAAAGCUCAGCAGAGCUCUGGGUUUGCUGGAGAACAAGAUUGAAGCCUUCCUCCUUGAAUCCGGAGUAGAUUGCAUCGUCAGCGACACCAUUCUCGGCUGGACAGUCGACGCUGCUGCCCGUCUCGGGAUCCCGAGAUUGGACUUCCAAUGCGCAGGAUCCCAAAAGGAGGUGUUUUUUGAAUUACCUCCCAAGGGCAUGUCUUCAAUAGGAAUGACCCAAGAGAAAGACGAUUCAAGGAUGUUGAUAUUUGAGCUUGAAGCAAGUUCAAAAGACUUCAGCAAAAGGAAUAAGUUUCGGAGCUUUGUCUCAUUGGCGUAA